GGGCAGGGGGCGGGGCCUGAGUCGCCGCCGCCGCCGCUCCCUCAGGGCCCGGCCCGGCCCCGCCAUGGCCCCCGCCUGGAUCGGCCGCCUCUGCCUCCUCCUACUCUGCCUCUGCGGGGAGGCCGCCGCGGGGAGGGAUUUCUACAAGAUCCUGGGGGUUUCCCGCGGCGCAUCCAUCAAGGACAUUAAGAAGGCCUAUCGCAAGCUGGCGCUGCAGCUCCAUCCCGACAGGAAUCCCGACGACCCGCGAGCGCAGGAGAAGUUCCAGGACCUGGGAGCCGCCUACGAGGUGCUGUCAGACGAGGAGAAGAGGAAGCAGUACGAUGCCUACGGUGAGGAGGGACUGAAGGACGGGCACCAGAGCUCCCACGGAGACAUCUUCUCCCACUUCUUUGGGGACUUUGGAUUCAUGUUUGGAGGGAACCCUCGCCAGCAGGACAGGAACAUUCCCCGAGGGAGUGACAUCAUCGUGGACCUGGAGGUCACACUGGAGGAGGUGUAUUCAGGGAACUUCGUAGAAGUUGUCAGGAACAAGCCAGUGGCCAGACAGGCGCCGGGCAAACGGAAAUGCAACUGCCGGCAGGAGAUGAGGACAACACAGCUGGGGCCUGGGCGCUUCCAGAUGACCCAGGAGGUCGUUUGUGAUGAGUGUCCCAACGUCAAGCUUGUGAACGAGGAGCGGACGCUGGAGGUGGAGAUCGAGCCGGGGGUGAGGGAUGGCAUGGAGUACCCCUUCAUUGGGGAAGGUGAACCCCACGUGGAUGGGGAGCCCGGUGAUUUGCGCUUCCGAAUAAAAGUUCUUAAGCACCCAGUGUUCGAAAGGAGAGGAGACGACUUGUACACAAACGUGACGAUCUCGCUGGUCGAGGCACUGACAGGCUUUGAGAUGGAUAUUGCCCACUUGGAUGGGCACAAGGUUCACGUUGCUCGGGAUAAAAUCACAAAACCCGGCGCCAAACUGUGGAAGAAGGGAGAGGGUCUUCCAAACUUUGAUAACAACAACAUCAAAGGCUCCCUAAUAAUCACCUUUGAUGUGGAGUUCCCCAAGGAGCAGCUGACCCCGGACCAGCGGGAAGGUCUCAAGCAGUUGUUGAAGCAAGGACCUGUGCAGAAGGUGUACAACGGAUUGCAGGGAUAUUGAUGCCUGGGAAAAUUGGACUUCCCUGGAAUUGCAAAGUCAGAUUUGUUUGUGGUUUUUUUCUCCUUUCCACUGGAGAAUGGAAAAGGGGGAGGGGGGGGAGGGCAGUGGUUGAGGUUUAGCUGAUUUUUAAUUUGUAAAUGAUGGAAGUGCUCAGAGUUGGGGGAAAUACUUUUUCAGGACACAACUGGUGCUGCCUAUCAUGUUCCACGUCCUGGAACAACAGAGAUUCCUUGAGCAGGAAAACAGAGGUGGGGAAGGGAGUUUUAAAUUCCAUGCAGGUUGGAAUUUCUGGUUUUUAAAUAUAUUUUGAUGUGACUUUUCUCGACCAUCUCAACAUAUUUUCAGAGCUGCUCCUGCUUUUUACAUCCUCUGUGUCCAUUUCUUCCAAAAUAUUGUUGCUUCGGGGUGGUGUUUUUAGUCCCAGCCCUUCCCCUCUGAAUCUGGGGUGUGGUAUUGGUUCAAAGUCUGUGUUUUUGGGGCAGGAAUACUGGUGCUCUUGGGAAUGGAUUGGGAAUGGUUGGAAAAGGAGGGAAUAGUCUUUUAAGACCUCUGUGGACUCUCUUAACUACCAAGUAGUCCUGUUGUCCCAAAACUCAACACUUGGUUUGGAACUGGACCUUGCUCCAGCUUAGCAAAGACUCCUGGGUCAUGGUGGGAUUUGGGAAUGGCUCCAUGGCCUUGGUUCUCCCUCUUUUCCCCCACCUGUAACCAGCAUUUACUGGAAAAGCUCCCCCCUCCUGCGCUCUGUCCUCCGUGAGGACGGGACAGGUGACGGAAAAUAAAGUGUGUGUUUGAGUUGGAA